GCACGGAAACAAGUCUGUGCACUUUGGAGGAGUUUGAACCUUUUAGAAAGUACUUUUCACCACCAUGACGCACGGAUACAGCCAGCGCUCCCUCACGGUUCUCCUCUUCCUGGGGCUUUUAUCGGCCCUUAUGGCUCUCUUAUCAGUCGUCCUGAUCUUCCAGCUUCAGGCUCAGCGGACGACGCUGACCGGCUCCUCCGUGGUUCCGGCCCACGCGCGGACAGUCCUGCUGCCGGUGUCCACGGUCCUGUCCGCGCUGUCCCUCUCGCUCAGCCUGAGCUCCGUCUCCGUGUGUCUCCUCCACAGCUACUUCUUCACGGAGGUCUGCAGAGGACAAGACUCUGAAAGAGCAGAGUGGUUCCUGUUGGACACCAGAGCUGUACGGCACGUGGCUGUCGGACUCUUCUGUCUGGGAAUUUCUGUCUACUUGGCAGCCAUGUCCAUCUACAUGCUGCUGGUAUUUGAAGUGGAGACAGGCAUCACCAAUGCAUGUGUCUUCUCCUCUGGGAUUUUGAUGCUGCUCAUUACUCUAAUCCACUCCCUGGUCAAAGCUUCUCAUACUGCCAGGAAGUACAACAGCCAUCACCUCGAUACACUUUACCAGAACAAGUACGGAAACAGCAGCAUGCCUGUCUCACAGCCCUGUGAGCUCAGGAAUAGCAUGGACAAGCCACAGAUGCACCGCAACCACUUUCAACUGCAGCACCAGACGUCUUACCCGCCAUGUAAUAACUCAAACCUGCAAGAACAGCAACAGCACCAGCAGUACACCCCUGCUGGAAGUUCCCAAGGCCACAAUGGCGAUAAAGUUGGUUACAGCAGUGGUGUUAGCUGUCCACAAAUGCACAGGACCCUGUCCACUGAAUCAGGCUUACUGCAGGCUCAAACUAAGCCCUGGAAUGGGGUUACCAGCGAGAUGAGGCGCAUUCUUGCACAGAAAUCAGUGAUUUUCACAAAAGACUCUACUCUUGUUUGAUACAGAUGUUGAAUUCAGUGUAGGCGAGAUCACAGGUGACCCUUCGGUAAGUUACAAGAGGAUUAUUGCCACACCCCCCUCUCACAGAUAGGG